GUAAGGUUGGUGGUGGUUGGCUGUUGGUUACAAACAUAAAAUUGUUAAAACGGAAGUGACAGAAAGGAUUCUUAAUACUUUUAUAUUUAUAAGAAGAAUAUAAAAUCGUAAUUAGAUGUUUCAUCCAUACCAUGGAGAAAAUAUAGUCUUAUCGGAUGAUAAUACUGUUGCAUAUAGGAAGAAAAGUUUUGCAAAUGCUGUAACAUUUAGUGAAAAACCAUUAAAACCUGGAGAAAUUUUUUUACUUGAGAUAGAACAAAAUGAAAGUGGCUGGAGUGGUCAUAUGAGAUUAGGUUUAACUCAAUUGGAUCCUUUAACAAUAUAUAGAACUAGUUCAAUACCACAGUAUGCUUUACCUGAUCUAGCAAAUACUGGUACUUCUUGGAUAUAUGGUAUAAGUAAAGCUCAUAACAGUGUUUUUGAAUAUGAUAAUGACAAUGGCAAACAGUAUAUACGUACUGGAGCUAAACAAUUGUUAAGUAAAAAUAUAAUAAAAACUUGCCGUGGAACAAUUCCUUUAAGUCUAUUAAAACCAAUACGUUCUCCAUCUGAGGAUAUUCUACCAACUGACAUGGGGAGUCGUAUAGGUGUUAUGUAUGUGCCAACUGAUGAAGAGCAGGCUGAUAUGCAUUACAUUAUCAAUGGAGAGGACCAGGGAGCAUGUGUUAAACGCAUUCCAUUUACAAAAGCACCACUUCAUGUAGUAGUUGACGUCUAUGGUACUACCAAAAAAGUUAGAAUUAUUCAGUUAUACGUAGAUUUGACGACAUUGAUCGCGUUACUCUCUGGCGACAGAUGGCGUAGCUUCUAGAACUGUGGGCAAAAUCAAUAAUUAAACGGACUUUCUUGUAUAUUUGAUGCAAGAGAUGGUGCUUUAGGGGAUGACUAUCAAAAAAUGCGAUUUCUACAAAGAAAAUCGGGACGUUAAUUCUGAAUAACUUAGUAUUUCAGUCAUGUAAAAAUAUAAGAAAUUGUAUAUAAAAAGCAAAUAUGAAUUUAUAAAUAACAUGAUAAAUAACAA